AUGGUUCGCAUUACAAAUUACGGUUAGAUUAAACAUUUGAAGACUAGUCUGGGCCCUACUCUCCUGCCAGCGCAAUUAUUGCGUCGCCUCAUUCACAGUCGUUAUGCAGUUUUCUCGGGCGCACGUCGGUUGCGCAUUGAUUUGCUCGGUAGUUUCCUGCCAUGACUAAAUGCGCGUAAGCUGAGGUGGCAGGAGAGGAGCAGUCGAGGCUGUGCGUGUGCUGACUAAGCAGCGCAGUGCAACUGUGGUGCUGGAGUUGAGCCGAAAUAGCGAUAAAGAGAACAUCUGCUCACCUCUUAUCGCUGUCGCAGAUGUAUUUGCAAUUUUCCUGAGAGGGCGGGAAGCGAUCAGUUUAACACUGGAUGACUAUGGCGCUGCCUGCAGCUUUUCUGUCUGAAGACCAAUUCACCUGCUCCAUCUGUCUGGAGGUGUUCAACAACCCAGUCUCAACACCAUGCGGCCACAGCUUCUGUCAGGCCUGCAUCUCCUCCUACUGGAACGGAGAUGGAGGGGCUGCAAAGUCUUACCAGUGUCCCCUCUGCAAGGAGACCUUCCGCAAGCGACCCGAGCUCCAUAUCAACAGAACUCUGAAGGAAAUCACUGAGCAGUUCAAGCAGAUGUCCAGUGCUGAUGUAAGACAUGAUGGAGGUGCAGGGAAGAAUUCCAACUCACAUUCGCCUCUGAUCCCAAGACAAGGGGAGAUGCCAGAGAGCAUCUUUACUGAGUUGAAGUCCCGUUUUCAGCAGCUGCAGACCCCCGGCUCGCCUCGCACCACACAACCCCGUCCCACUGACCCACAGCUUCAAUGUCCCAAUCAGGUCACUGCUUCUGUGGCCUUCCAGAAUCAGACCAGUGAGCAGGACGACCUACCUCCACCCUACUUACCUUCCCGCAGGUACACUCUAAGUGGUCCAAGUGAAUCUUCCUCCAAUCUGCCCCUGUGUCCCAUCCACCUGAGAGGUCUGGAGUACUUCUGUCGUACUGACAACAUCUGUGUGUGCAGCUCCUGUGUGGAGACAGCAGAGCAUCGAGGACACAGUGUCAUUCCUGCCAAGAGGGAAUGGCACAUCAAGAAGUCCCAGUUAGGAAUUACUGAGGUAGAGAUGAAAGACCUCAUCUGUGAGAGAGAGAGGAAAGUGGAGGAAAUAAAAAACUCCUUACAACAGAUACAGGCUGCAGCUGAGAGAGAGACAGAUGGAGCUGUUUGUGUGUUUUCCAAGCUGAUCUCCACUGUAGAGCACUGCCAAGCUGAAGUCUUAGAGAUGAUAGAGAUGAACCGUCGAGUGGCUGAGCAAAGAGCUCAGAGUGUGCUGAGGGAGCUGGAGGAGGAGCUAGCUGAGCUGAAAAAGAGAAGUGCAGAAAUGAACCAGCUGGCUGUGUCUGAAGACUACGUACUCUUUCUCAAGACAUUCCCUGCCCUGUCCAUCCUUCCACAAGCUAAGGACUGGUCUGGUGUCUUUGUGUCAUCUGAGCUGACCUCAGGCAUGAUUCUCAGGACUCUCAAUCAAGUAAUGGAGCACCUUCAGGGAGAGAUGCAAAAACUGCCUGAAGUCUGCCAGAGAUCCUUGCUGGACCAAUCAGUAGCCAGGCCCAAUCCAAAGAUAAGGAGGAUUCAAGAAUAUGCAGCCGACAUCACUUUAGACCCCUACACAUCACACCCACGUCUCAUCAUCUCAGUAGACGGGAAACAGGUGCACUGUGGUGAGCGCCAUCAGCAGGUGCCGGACAACCCAGAGCGCUUUGACCGGGUGGUGUGUGUGCUGGCCCGCCAGGGCUUCAGCAUCGGACAACAUUACUGGGAGGUAGAGGUGGGAGAAAAGACUGACUGGGACUUGGGCAUAGCAAGCCAUUCUGUCAAUCGUAAAGGCAAAAUCAAUGUAAGUCCUGCGCAUGGUUACUGGUUUCUGAGCCUGCGGGAUGGGACCGACUAUACCUUCCGAACAGAACCCUCAACUAAACUGACAGUCAACCUGAGACCCUCGCGGAUUGGAAUCUUUGUGGACUGUGAUAAGGGGCUGGUGUCUUUCUACAACGUGGAGGCCAGAGCGCUCAUCUACACAUUCACAGCUAGUUUUCCUCAAACUAUCCGUCCAUUCUUCAGCCCCUGUACUAAUAAAUCAGGAAGAAAUGGGGCUCCACUAAUCAUUUGCCCUGUUCCAGUGACAGAAUGAAAUCAGCCAACAGUUUAGGAAAAUGUUUAUUACUGAGAAAGCAACACACUUCCAUGUAUGCUGGAGGAAGACAAAGAUCUACACACAUACCUCUGGUAAUAAAAUGCUUUUGGACUGAAAACAUGAAAAUAAAAACUAAAACCAUAGCUAGCAGGCUAUGAUUUGUAUUAUACACUAGAAAUCAAAAUAAUUUGAUGGAUGAAAAUCAUGAAGAGUUUGUCCCUGUUGGCUCGUGUGAAUCUUAUGAAAAAAAUGUACUAUGAUUCUUACAAAGUCCAGUUGUAUUAGACCUAAUGGUUGAAAUUAUAAUAAUACGAGUCGUUUCAGGUGCACAAGUGAAAUGGCACUAGAACGUCCUUUAAUGUAUUAAACUUUAGUGUGUGCCAAGAAUACAUGAUGCAUUCUUGGAUUUUUUUACAGAAUGAGAAACAACAGGCGACUCGAUGUGGUCAGUUUGUAACCAAGUCUCAGUGUGUUUUUGGAGAAUGAUGAUGAAUUUUGUCAGUGUAAAAUGCUGCUGUAAACACAGGGCUCUCCGGGUAGUUGUUGAAGCCAUGUCUUUUUAAGGUUCACAUGUAUGUAUGUAUAUCAGUCUUUACCUGUCAUGCAAUGGACUUUGAAACUUGUUUGUGCGUUAACAAACAAUUACUCUGACAUCCAAAAGGCACAAGGCAGUAUAACCUUUCAUUGUCUUUUUGGCCAGUAAAACAAUGAUCAGGGGAUUUAACCUGAUUAUUGUUGCUAGGUCUUCAUCAACUCCUGAAAAUAAUAUCUGGAUUUUUAGCUGCUAUAGAGUAUGGCUGACUUUGUUCUCCAGAGCUGUUAUGUUGUUAAAUGUUGAAUAUAUUAAUGUAAUAGUAGUUUUUUUACAGGACAUAUUCAAGUACUCACUCCUUAAUUCAACCAUGGACACUUGUGAAACGAAUGAACAAACUAAUUAACCAGACCAGCUCAAAAAAUCCCUAAGAGGAAGCAGGUGCAACUUACACUGAUUGUCAUGAUGAACAGCUGUUUAGGGUGGAGC